AAUUUAAAACUGAACAUUGACAUUUUUGUUAUAAUUUACAUAAUAGAGUAGUAGAAAUUACUAUUUAACAUAUGGCAACUUUGUUUUUCCUCCAAAAUGGCCGGUGUUGUUUUUGUUAGGUUGAAUUGAAUGCAUUAUUGUUUUCUUAGCCAUCGUUUAUGAGUUCUGUGGCCCUAUUAAAGUAUUGAAGAGUCGAGUCAAAUUCAAGUUCAUUCCUUCGUACCUGCUGCUGUUCUGGUUCAUCGGAGUUUUGUUCGUUCCUUCGUGAAUCGCGAAGAAACUUUCUGUUAUGUUCACAAGUGAUCUGAGUUUUCUCAAUGUGCUGUGUUCUGUGUUUAGUGUUGAAAACUUUGCGAAAAGACGCUUUUGGUGUAUAAUAUUAUGUGUGUUCAUAAAUAAAGUAAAAUUAUUAAAUUCAAAAGUUUUUGUUUACUUAUUUGCAUUUCCAUGUGCAAUGUAGAAUUUUUCCAAAUACAUUGUUUUGAAAAUACGUACACCAUAAAGAUAAAUAUUUUCAAAAUAAUGGAUUUGAAAAAAUUCUACAUUGUACAUCAUAAAAACAAUAAUUCUUUGAAGGUUAUGAGGGCCUAUGUGUGCGUGAACUGUGUGUAUGUGUGCGUGGACUUUAUGUAUGUAUGUGUGCGUGUACUAUGUAUGUAUGUGAGCGUUACGUACGUAGGUUAAGUACAGGGAAUUUAACACCAGGCUAUCAAUUAGUAGGCUCAAAAAUUUGACAGAGAGGGUUCUCUAUUUCCUAUGUAUUACUUUUCUCUAUGAUCAAAACUGUCAUUUUGAUGCAAUAUUGCUUUCAUUUUGUUUGAUUUUGUAGGGAAUAAAUGAUAAAUCCCUAAAUUUAAAUUUGUUGUGUUUUGUGUUAUUUAGUUAAAAGCAUUUUAUGACAUCUUUCAAGAUUUCGAAAUUCUCUCGUUUUUUACCGAGAACUACAGGCAUUGUGAAGCAAUUUUGCCGGCUCUAUAGUUCCUCUGUUACAACGAUGGAAACAUCCACAAAAUACAAAUUAUCUGAGAGAUUGACUUCUCUAGUACGACCCGUUCAUUAUGACCUCUCUCUGCACCCUAAUAUGGACACGGGAUUAUUUCAAGGAACAGUGAAAAUUGAUGUAACCGUCAAACAAGAAAAGAGCUACAUCACUCUACACACAAACUUUUUAGAUAUAACUUCUGUGAAAGUGUUUAAAGGCGAAGAAGAAAUUCAGGUGUCCAAGUUUCUAGAAGUGAAGCAAAUUGAACAGCUGCUGAUACAUUUUGAUAAUGUUAUUGUGCCGGGAAGUUACAAAAUGGUCAUUGAUUUUAAUGGUAGCCUUACUAGGAAUAUUGUUGGAUUUUAUUCAUCAAGAUUGCAGGAUAAUAGAACCAUGGUGGCCAGCAAGUUUCAGCCAACAUACGCUCGACAAGCUUUUCCAUGCUUUGAUGAGCCUGAUUUCAAAGCCACAUACAACAUUUCUUUAGUGAAGCCAAAGUCAUACAUAGCUUUGUCUAACAUGAAUGAAAUAUCUAAAUCGCCUACUGAAGAUGGCAAAUCAGAACUGGUUACUUUUGCAACAAGCGUCCCAAUGUCAACUUAUUUGGCUUGUUUCGUUGUGUGUGACUUUGAUUACAAGGAGAAUGAAAUAAACGCCAACGGGAUUGGAAAGAACUUUAUUCUUAGAUCCUUUGCGCAAAAGAAUCAGAUGCAUAAGAUUGAUUUUGCCCAAGAUAUUGGCAGGAGAGCAACGGAAUUUUAUGUGAAGUACUACGAAGUGCCCUUCGCUCUUCCCAAAUUAGAUAUGAUUGCGAUCCCAGACUAUGUGUCUGGUGCCACAGAGCAUUGGGGACUGAUCACUUACAGGGAAACGUCUUUCCUGGUGGAUGACAGUACAGCGUCAUCUAAAAACAAGAUCAGUGUAGCUAAUACAAUCGCUCAUGAACUAGCUCAUAUGUGGUUUGGUAACUUAGUGACUAUGAAAUGGUGGGACGACCUAUGGCUAAAUGAAGGCUUUGCGUCCUACAUGCAAGUAAAAGCCUUGAAUGCUAUUGAGCCAUCGUGGACGAUGUUAGACCAGUUCUUGACGAAAACAUUACAUUCUGUGCUGGUGACCGAUGCUAAGCUCUCAAGCCAUCCCAUUGUCCAGACUGUGUCCACACCGGACCAGAUUACAUCCAUAUUUGAUGCUAUAUCUUACAACAAGGGAUCCUCAGUUCUCCGUAUGCUGGAAGGCUUUAUAGGUGAAGAGAAUUUCCGCAAAGGAGUGUCUGACUACCUGCAGAAAUACAAAUUUGGCAACACAGUGACCCAAGAUUUGCUGUCGUCUUUGGAGCCCUAUAGCAAACAGGAACACCCUGAGUUGGAUAUUAAUUACGUAAUGGAUACAUGGACCAAACAAAUGGGAUAUCCGCUAGUCACCGUAAGCAGAGGCGAGAAACCAAACACAUACGUUCUUACCCAACGCCGUUUCCUACUUGAUCCCGAAGCUGUGUAUCCAAAUGACUCGGAGUUCGACUACCGUUGGUUCAUUCCAAUCACAUAUACAACAAACAAGGGACCGAAAAAAGACAUUCUGUGGUUCCCAAACGGCGUCCAAAAAGUGGAUAUGAUUCUCGAAGCAGAUGAAAAUUGGGUGAAAAUAAACAAUAACCAAGUAGGCUAUUACAGGGUAAACUAUACGUUAGACAUGUGGAAGAGCUUGAUCAAACAAUUGAAACUAAAAGCUGAACAGUUAACAAUAUCAGACCGCUCCAACUUGGUAGACGACGUGUUUGCGCUGGCCGAGACUAAGGCAGUGCCGUACGGGCUAGCGCUCGACCUGACUGGCUACCUGUCGGUGGAAGAAGACUACGUGCCCUGGGAGACUGCUUCGGCGGUCUUCUCGAGACUGGCUGACAAACUGAUGGGGACUGUGGUGCAUGAUAAGCUGCAGAAAUAUAUUCAAAAGCUUGUGAGUCCUUUGUAUGCGAAGCAGAGUUGGGAAAGAAGUAAAAUUGGUGUAAUUGAAGGAUUAUUAAGAACAAGGAUACUAUCCCUGGCCACAAGGUGUCGAUUGCCAGAAGCCGAGGAUAAAGUGAGGGCCCUAUUCCUGGACUGGCUGAACAACCACGGGACUGACAAAGCUUCCACCAUAGAGCCUGACCUUAGGGACUUCGUCUAUUAUUAUGGUAUGAAAUCUUCUAGCCAGGCCGAAUGGGAUAAGCUUUGGCAGAUUUACCUGAAGGAAGAAGAUGCGCAGGAACAAACUAAGCUAAGGAAUGCGCUGGCAGGACCGCGGGAUCCUGAGCUGCUUAAAACGUACUUAUAUCUAUCCUGGGAUGAAAAGAACAUUCGCAGUCAAGACUUCCUAAACGUGCUGCAUUACAUCAGCUCCAAUCCGUCUGGCACUGCACUAGUGUGGGACGAAGUUCGCUCGCGCUGGCCGGAGCUAGUAGACCGAUUUACUCUUAACAGCCGGUACCUGGGAAAUCUGAUACCUGGCAUCACUAGCUCGUUUAACUCGCAACUUAGGCUUAAAGAGAUGGAGGCGUUCUUCGAGCAGUACCCAGAAGCGGGCGCGGGCGAAGCGGCGAGACGUCGCGCGUUAGAGACCGUCAAAGGCAACAUCAAGUGGGCCGGCUCGCACCAAGCCGCGGUAGCCGCCUGGCUGGAACAACACGUAGACUAACGCGAAUUGCCUAAGGAGGAUGCUGUACCAUUCUUCUGUUGAGGAUAAGAUUUGUGACAAAAUAAUGCAAGCAGAAAAAUGUAAUCCUCACUUCAGAGAUAAGGCAGUGCAAGCUGAGCCAGAACAUGCAUCAUGCCAAGUAGUUUCAAAUUAUGAUCACAAGGUCACUCAAGUAUCAAUAAUGAAACACUAUAGAAGUAAGAAGGUGCAAUUUAGUGCAACUCUGAAAGAUGUCAUAUCUUCACCAAUAAAGUCUACGUCCCACCAAUCAACUACAACAUCUCCCAAGAAAUCUACAUUUAGAAGUAAAUUGUCAACAAGAAGAUUAGUUUUUUCAAGUGAGGAAAAAUAUGACAGUGAUUAUCAUACACACCUUCUUCAGGAUAGCAAAUUUACAAGACUCUCAUUCAAUAAAUUAAAUGAUACAUACAUAAAGUAUUUUAUUUUUAUAUCAGUCUAUUGUACAAAAUAGCUUUGUUUUAUGGGUUAUACCACAGAAUAAUAAUAAGUACUACGUACAGAAGUUUUUCUUCGCGAAGGUAUUCAAAAAAAUGUAUGCUCAAUGUCAUCAACAAUAUGGUGUAAUUUAGCUUGUCUUAAGAGUCGAGCACCGUUUUGUUGACAUACGUCAGUGAUCGGUACUGUCUUGAUGCCAUAGGGCUGACUGCUACAAGAAGCUACUGUGUCGCCAUCUAGCGCACCACACUUGCAUUCACUGCUCUUCGCGGCAACGCGCAGCUACAUGCGGCCGCCAGUUAUAUAGUGUAAGAGCUAGCACCUAAAUAUUUUAUAACACACAUAACUGUGACAAUUUAUUUCACGUGGGCGAAGCCAAAAAGCUAGUAAGAAAUAAAAAUUCAAUUCAGUAGGUAUUUCAAACCAAAUUUUAUUACAUAAACAAACAUUAUACUAAUGUCAUUAUGGGCCCUUAGUAUGUGAAAACUGCAAUUGACUAUAUUUCGCACUGUUUUCAAUAUUAUGUAUUACAGAACGUAUGUGUGAUGGGAUGAUAUUUUCGAAAACACGAUUAGAAAAAUUUUUUCUCGAAAAAAAAAACAUUUACCUCUGGAUUUUUUUAUAAAAGUUUAAUAUGACCGUGUUUUACAAUAAAAUUCCUAUAAAAUCACAAAGGUAUCAUGUUUGCCUCUUUGAUUUCCUGGCUGUUUUAGAUUUCAAAAACCUAAAUAUAUUAAUUUAUUAACUUUCUGAUAAAAAUGUGAAUGGCUCUUACGAUGUCCCCCCCUUAAAUCAAAAUGUCUUUAUUUGGUCUAUAUGCCCAACAUCACUACGUAAUAAUUAUUAAAAAAAAGUCGCUUUCCUGUCUGUCUGUCCCUAUGUAUGCUUAGAUCUUUAAAACUAUGCAACAGAUUUUGAUACGGUAUUUAGGAUUCCGUAGCCAAAUGGCAAAAACGGAACCCUUAUAGAUUCGUCAUAUGUCUAGACAGACUAUAUGACGAAUCUAUAAGGGUUCCGGAAAAAAAUGGCUGUUUCAUACGGACGGACAGACAUCCGUCCGUAUGAAACAGCCAUUUUUUUCCGAAACUAUAAGAAAAAUACUGAUGAAACUUGGUAUGUAGAUGUAUUCUGUGAACAGCAUUAAGAUUUUCACACAAAUUAAUAUAGAAAAAAGCAAUACAUUUUGGUUUUCAUUAAACCCAUACGUGUGGGGUAUCUAUGGAUAGGUCUAGGAUAGGUAUAGGAUAAUUAGCAACAGGGGAAUUUUUCAACAUGUUGCAAAAAAAGAGCUUGGAAAAAGCUCUUCGGAACUGGAUGGGUGUAGGUUCAGUGCAAGAGCCACCUUGCUGCCUAAUUGACCCAAAAAAGUUUUCAAGAGCGUCUUGAUUUAGUCUUCGAGUAAAUAAAUACUGAAAUCCGUUUUCUUUGA